CCCGCUAAAAAGUUGAACUGCGCUGAAGAGGGGAGCUCCUGGCAACGGGCCUCCACUGCGCUGACGAAUUGAGGACGAUAACGGCGCCGGACCCAAUCGGGAGCUCGGUGAUUCUUCUCACUUUACUUUCAAAGCUCAGUUCCCCGGUCCCAGCAACUUGUUUGUUUGGACCUUGACGACGAGCAAGAAAACCACCCUUGAACGAAUUGUCGCAAAGCCAAAACCCGAGACUGCCAUCAUCUGAACUCGUCGACAUUGUCGCCUCCCGAUUAUAGACGAGGAUCCCUGUGAUCCUUAUACACCUCACGACCUACAACGACGACAAGAACCCUCGCCGAUAGUUACAGCUUUAUUACAACCAUCAAGAUGAAGGAAAUGGCAGGACAGGCCGGCGCCGGCAGUGAGGACAAGUGCCCUGUCGACCACAAGACGCGCGAGCUCUGGUUGCAACAAGCAAAGCAGGCAAAGGCCGCACAAGAAGCCGCGGCCGCGGCGGGUGGCUCAACGGCGCCAUCGCCAGAAAAUGCCUUUACGACGCCAGUAGUACCAGCACCACAGCAACCACCAACACCGGCUACCCAGACUCAGAUCCCCCAACCGGCGCAACAAACAGCAAUUCCCGCAGCGCUUCCUACCUCGCAACAACAACAAUCACCAUCAUCAUCAUCCUGGUCCUCAUGGCUCCCCUUCAUGUCUUCUUCCGGCUCUACAACAACCGGUGCCGCCGCCGCCGGUGGUGCUACUCCCCAGCUUAACCUCGGCGAACACCGCGAAAUCUCCUCCAUCCCCCGCGCCGCCACCACGGGUCCCUCGGCCUGCCCCUCCAACGCCGAGCAAGAAACGGGCGCCGACACCGCCACCGGCAACUGGGUCUACCCCUCGGAAAAGCAAUUCUACGAGGCCAUGAAGCGCAAGGGCCACGACGGCGCCAGCGCGGCCGACAUGAAGACGGUCGUCCCCAUCCACAACGCCGUCAACGAGCGCGCGUGGGCUGAGAUUCUGCGGUGGGAGAAGCCCUUUACCGGCGAAGGAUGUGGAUGCGCCGAGGGCCCCAAGCUGCAGAGCUUCAUGGGCGAGAGCAAGCGGAUGACGCCCAAGGCGAGGCUGAACACCUUGUUGGGAUACACGGCGCCGUUUGAUCGGCAUGAUUGGAUUGUGGAUCGCUGUGGCACGAGGGUGGACUAUGUGAUUGACUUUUAUGCGGGGAGGAAUAACGAUAAGGCCGGGGCGGGGAAGCUGAACUUUUAUUUGGAUGUGAGGCCCAAGUUGAAUACGUGGGAGGGGGUGAAGAUGAGGGCGUUGAGGUUUGUGGGGAUGAACUAAGGUGAAGUGAAGGGGUGGGUGUACAGAAGACGGUGAGUGGGAUUGUUGAAUAGGUCUGGAAUCGAGACUCGGUACAUUAGAUAGAGAGAUCUUACUGGACUUGUAAGACAUGUAUGUUUCGUUGUAUUAUUAGUAUUGGUUGGUUUAACAUUGUAUCUCGCUCAUGUUUGGCAUAUAAACGGCCGUCCAAAUGGCGCAUUAGGAUACAAGAAAAGGGAAAGGUUCAAUA